ACAACAAAACGAAAUCAAUCCUAACCAGACACCAGAAAACUAAAUCCAUUCAAAUUCCAGGUCUUCUAUUUCACUUCAGUUCAUCUCCAAAUAAUUUAAGUAAAUCACACCCACUGUACACUACUCUCAGACUCAGGCCGAAGUUAUGGGUCCGAUUAAGGCCUCUGUAGGUGAUUUCUUGGUUACCUUUAUGUGGGUGUUUUGUGCCUCCACAUUUGGUCUUUUGACAUCAGAGAUUGCUGCUCUUCUGGGUGUGCAAAACCUCUUUUGGCCCCCCGCGUUAAUCACCACCUUCAUUAUUUUUGUUUUUGUUUUCAUUUUUGAUUUGAUUGGUGAUUUUCUUGGUGGGGCUAGCUUUAAUCCCACUGGUAACGCCGCAUUUUACGCUGCCGGUGUCGGCGAUGAUUCUUUGCUCUCAAUGGCUCUCCGCUUCCCUGCCCAGGCAGCCGGUGCUGUGGGUGGUGCAAUGGCCAUCAUGGAGGUGAUCCCACCAAAGUACAAGCACAUGAUUGAAGGCCCUUCUUUGAAAGUUGAUUUGCAUACUGGAGCCAUCGCUGAGGCGGUGUUGACUUUUCUAAUUACCUUUGCUGUGCUUUUAAUUAUUCUGAAGGGCCCUCGUAACAGUAUUGUGAAGACGUGGUUGCUUGCUGUGGCAACUGUAGUAUUGGUUGUUUCAGGUUCCACUUACACUGGGCCUUCCAUGAAUCCUGCCAAUGCUUUCGGAUGGGCAUACAUAAACAAAUGGCACGACACAUGGGAGCAGUUAUAUGUUUACUGGAUUUGUCCAUUCAUUGGAGCAAUAGCUGCAGCAUGGGUGUUCCGUUUUGUCUUCCCUCCACCACGUCCACCGUCAAACAAACAGAAGAAAAACUAAGGUGGGAAAUAUGUGUUUUUGUUUAUUUACCAUUAGAUAAAAGCUCAAUUUCAAUAUUCAUGUAAUAAUAAUAUCUUAUUUAGUUCUAUAAUGCACUCAUUUUUUAGUUGUCUAUGAUGAAGAUGAACUGAUCUCUUUUUCAAGUCAA